AUGGAUAAACCGCAAUAUAGUCCGACAACCGGUGAAUUGACGGAUGAGUAUGCACAUGGCAUUGAAGAGUUUAUGGCGUUGGCAUCAAACAACAUCAUGACUUCUGAAUACGGUAAAAUGUAUUGUCCUUGUGUUAGAUGUCGGAAUCAUAGAUUAGUGAACCAUUUGUGUAGAUACGGAUUUAUGCAUGGUUAUAAGGUUUGGUAUUCUCAUGGAGAAACCGAUUUAAUGGUUCAAAAUUAUGGUAGCACUUCGGAUAUAUUAAUAUUAGGUGGUAGAUCGGUUAGAUUAGAGGAACCAACACCGGUGAUUGUGGAGAAGGUUAAGGUGAUUGUGGAGAAGGUCAAGGUGAAUAAGGUGGACCUUCUUACUCAGCUGUCUCAAGCGGACUCCUCUGUGGAAGAUUUGUCUCGAGCUCAAAUCAACAAUCUUGUUAUCAAGGUAGUUCCUCUCCGAAAAGGUUGCCGUCCAGGAUUGGGUAACAUUGCAGACACGGAUCCUGCAACAUCUUUUUUUUCUGACUACAACGACGACCUCCUUCAGCAGAACGAUGAGCUCAAAGAAAAGGUAGCUGCUUUGGAAGCUUCCAAAGCAGAAACUGAAGAGUGGCUAUCUAGUAUUCAAGAGGAACUCACCUCUACAAAGAGUAAGGUCUCUAACAUGGAUGCAUUUAUGCGAAGAAUAUGCUCCGCACCUUUGGCGGAACUGUGGGGCGUUUACUAUGGUCUUUAUAUUGCCUGGGAGAAACAGGUUCCGCGACUUGAAGUUGAAGUUGAUUCGGAGCUGGUGGUCGGCUUUCUCAAGAAUGGGAUUGGUGAGGCGCACCCGCUAUCUUUCCUGGUACGGCUGUGCCAUGGCUUUAUCACAAAGGACUGGACAGUCCGUAUUAAUCGUCUAGCUGAUGGAUUAGCAAACUAUGCCUUUACUUUUCAAAUGGGUUUCCAUGAUCUGCCUUUGGUUCCUGAUAGUGUUGAUUCAAUCUUACAGGACGAUGUAUUAGUAUAUGAGUGUCCGAGAGAUGUUAUUGUUGACUAG